AUGGCCGGCGCCAUCACCAGAAGAGCGAUGUGGGCAGGCCUUUCCGCGCAUCUCGUCAACAUCACCUCUAAAUUCCUAAGGAGCGCCGCCGACUUUCUUCGCUUCCGUUCCGUCUGUAGAUCGUGGCGCUCCGCCCUUCCCCUUUCUCGAUGCCAUCUCCCCCCUCAGCUUCCCAUCCUCCUCGUCAUCAGCGCCUUCGAGGAUUGGAUCACUUUCCGCCUCACCGGCGACUCCGCCGGACACUGUUGCAGGACUGGUAUAUUUGCCUACAUCUCCUGCCUUGGCUCCUCUUACGGGUGGCUCAUCCUCUUCCACGAGGGCUCCAAAGAGGUCUCCCUGUUCAACCCCUAUACCGCCGAGGCGAUUCCACUCCCCAGUCUUACCCCUCUCCUUGACAAGAUAGAGCAGGAGAACGGAAAUAAGCCCGACGAUGGCGCCACCGCAGAACAAGCCCUCUUGUCCUCCGACCCCACCUUACAUCGGGACUUCGUGGUGAUCGUCUUCCUCGAGGCCGUGCAUCUUAGAUGCGUUACAUGCCGGCCAGGGGAGAGAUCGUGGACGGCAAACCCCAACUCCAUUUUCUUGGACCUCCGGUUAACGAUCCCGGGAGAGGACCUUUCGUUCCCGAUGAUGGAGGUCGUGCCCUACGGCGAGGGUAGGCUUUGCGCGAUCUAUGGUGACAACAGGUACUGGGCGGUGUUGGGCGUCGACCCAGGGCCACCGGGGAGGGUAAAGGUCACAGCAUGGGGUCGCCUUCCCUCGUGCGUGCCGCACACUACUCCCUCCGCCCUGGUUCCGUCGGCCGGAGAGCUGCUGCUGGUCACGUGGUGCUACGAGAGAACCGCAAAUGCGACGAGGGACCUCAUCUUACGCGUCUUCAGGUUCGACCCAGGAGAAAUGGGCAGGGAGGCGGUGGCCUCGGAAGUGGAAGACAUCGGCGAUCGCAUGCUGUUCCUGGGGAAGAACCACUCCGUGUCCGUCGCAGCCCGAGACUUCACCGGGUUCCAGGGGAACGCGAUCUACUACGUUGAUUAUGAGUUGAUUCUGGGAAAGAUGAUGACGGCUCUCUGCGUAUUCCGCUUGAGAAGUAGUGAAACCGCAUACGUUUUCGAAUCGAACGAGCUGCGGUUCACCGCCUGGUGGGCGUCCGCAAACCUUCGCAGCUACAACGGAAGUCUUCGUGGUUACAACUAG